AUGAGUACAAUACCGCCAUUUACAAGUGAAGAUUAUAAAGAAACAAUUAAGGUGUGGAGGUCUUUCAAAGUUUCUCAGUUAAAAGAUGUCUGUCGUUCUCUUGAUCUUCGUCUUUCUGGUAGAAAACAAGAUCUUAUCGACCGGGGAGAAUCCUGUCUCGUUUCAAAAUUCCGUAGUGACGACCAUCUCGCGUUGCAUGCAAUUAGGGCACUUAUUUUCAGAUGUUUGCAGGGGGAGCAGUUACCUAAUUAUCAAGAAAUGAUUCAUGCAAUAAGAACAGGGCAAUAUCAGAUGACUACGCCAACACUGAUUGCUAGAAACCCACCCACAAGCAGACUUUCAGGUAUUCAUAUAAGUGACUCGGUGCCAUUCAAGGGACAUACAUUGUACUUUAAAACUACUCCCUUGUAUCUGGUUUCACGAUUAAUUCAUUCUACGCCCAUGUUACUUUUAUCUAAUGGAAAUCGUAGCUUCCUGGUUUGCUAUUUUAUUUUUACAGAAGAUGAAUAUAAAAUGUUGCAAGACAAAACCCGCAACUAUAGAUUAUAUAUUCUUUGUGGCAAGCCAAAUGGUCAACGAUCAAACUCGACCGAUAACGUUCUUAUUGAGUAUCCAGCCCAAACAGUAAUAUAUAUUAACGAUCAUAAAUUGAGUGACACGUAUCUGGGAAUUGCAGAAAAAAUUGGAACAGCUGUACCAGCAGAUGUCACAGAUUACAUGAAUUCUCCACCCGAAAGAAACGAGAUUAAAUUUUGUCAUCUGGCCUCUGGUGCAGCCUAUUUGAUGUAUUUGUACAUCGUGGAAGUAAAACCUGCAGAAACGCUAAUACAACAAGUUCGAAGCUGGCCAGCCAUUCCAAAAAAUGAAACAAUCAAGAAUAUAAAGGAUAUGAGUACUUACGAUGGUAUUCAAACAACGAAAUUGACAUUGCGAGAUCCGCUAUCAUAUACUAAAUUGGCGAUCCCUACAAAGUCUGUCCUGUGUGACCAUUACAUGUGUUUUAAUGGGUUGAUUUUUAUAGAGCUGCAGCGACUGGUUGAGACAUGGAGUUGUCCAGUGUGUCUGAAAACAAUUAAUUUUAAUGAUUUGAGAAUUUCUGAAUAUUUUGAGGAAAUACUUAAGAAUGUGGAUGCUGAAGUAGAUGAAAUUAUCAUAAUGCAAGAUGGUAGUUGGAAGGUUGCCAAUGGAGAUAACACAAAUGCAACAAAGAAGAGGACUGAAAGUGCGUCACCUGAAGCGAUUGUAUUACUUUCAGAUGACGAGGAUGACAUACUGACUCAUGAGGUGGAUGCAAAUGCUCAAUUGGAAAGCGAAGAAGACGAAGAAGAAGAAGAAAAUGUCAACAACAAUAGAGUUGACAAUAUACUGGAAGUGGAAAUAAGUGAUACUGAGCAAAACAAUAAUCAAGAGAAACUGAUCGAUAGUGAGAACAUUCAAAAUCAAGAUGAAGCAACCGAUAAAAUGGAAGAUAACAAUACAGCAUUGUCAGCACAACAGAGUCCACAAGCUGAGACAAACAAGGACGCAACUAGCAAUAUGGAGACAACUUUUCAGGAAGAUAUAAUGCCUUCUCUUCCCAGAAGUGGUGUACAAGAAAAAGAUACAUCUUCAGGAGACGGCAUUGAUACAGAACAAAACUUAGGCGAAUGUCAAACUGUACAAGCUGUUGAUCUUGCAGACUCCCCUAUAUCAGUUAUAAACGUGACACUUGAUCCACCAAAUGAAUCCAAUAAAGAAAGAUCAACUGAGAGUAGUGUUCCAUUAUCGAAUUUAUCAUCAACUACCAGAGAAUCGUUUCCAAUUUCAAGCUCGCCACGAUCAAAGCCGCCUUCAAUGAUUACGCCGAUUUCUCCUUCGUCAGCUCAAGUUGCAAGCGAUAAAUCACAAACAUCGCAUGAAAAUUCUAUUGUUUCUAAUCAUCUUAGUCGCACAAGCUCACCAGACUUUGCUGCACUGCCAUUAUCACUUACUAGUGUCAAUAACAACCAUGACGAAAAUCGCACUUCUCAAUCGCCCAACGUAAAUAAAGCCGACAUGCUAAAUAAUCAGGAUGGUAACAACUCGCAAGCAGCGUCAGACAGCGCAAAUACUCCAUCUUUAUCAACAAUAGCAGUAUCCGCAGAAAAUGAAUCUGGUCAACAGGAUGCAAAUAAAAUUAGAAAUAAGGAUGAAGAGAUUCGAAGACUUGCACAAGCACUUUAUUAUCAGCGUCAAAUUAUACAUCAGCAGCUACCUUUGAUUCAACGGCAAGCUCUUCUUCAACAACAGCAACAAUUAGAACAACAGCAGCAACUAGAACGACAGCGACAGCAACAACGUUUACUUCAACAGCAACAGCAACAACAACGAUGUCUACUUCAGCAGCAACAACAGCAACAACAACAGCAACAACCACCGCAACAGUAUCCUCAUCAUCCUCAACAACGUCCCCAACAACAACAUCUUUCUCCAGAAGACCAACGACAGUAUCUUCAAUUAAGUCAACUACCACAGUUCCAACGACUUCAGCAACUUCAAGCUCGACAACGCCAACAACAACAACAGUUACAACCGUCACUGCAGCUGCGCUCGAUCCCCCAAAAUGGAAUAGUUCAAAUUCAAUUGAAUGAACAGCAGCAUGUCAAUUCUUUGCCAAGACCCGCUGAUACAAGGGUUGUACUUCGACAAAAUGUUCAGCGUUCUGUCAUGACAAUGCCGUCUUCCGUGCAUUCUGGUAUGUCAACUUUUCAACAACAAGGUUCAGUUAAUCUGAAUUUAUUGCGUCAUGUACCAUACCAACUUAAUGUUAGAAACCAUAGUCGAGGAUUAUCUGUUGAUACAGAACCUAAGAAUAUAUCUUCUUCUGACUCAAGACUUGCUGUUGUGAACAGUGUAGAUGAGUCAGAUCCUAUUGAAGAUAGACCCCUUGCCUCUCUAGCAAGAAGGUCGAAGUCUACAAACAAUAUGCCAAGCAAUAAUACCAAUAAUAUUGCAUCACUGAAUUAUCAAGCAUCAGAAAAACAACUUCAUGUAUAUCGUUUAGGGAAUCCAAAUAAUAAUUCCACUGAAAAUUAUAAAAAGGAUAAUGAAACGACAACUGGAACAAGUACACAACAAGAACCAUCUGCCGAAGGCUCUGCUAACAAGCAGGAUUUACCUGGAUCCAAUAUCCAAAAUCCCUUAUCUGCAACUCAAACUUUGGAGCUCAAUCAAAAUCACGGACAAGCUUCUGGUAUUCAAACUAAGAACGACAUCAACAAUGCUGGAGUCGAAGUUAACCUGAAACUUCAAACAAACUCCAUUCAUUCUCGUAGCUUGAAUGAAAUCCCACAACACACUACUAGUAACUCACCAAGGAUGGAGCAGAAUAUAACGUCGUUGGUACCACCAGGUAACUCGCUACAGAUGGUAACCGGUAGGACAUCUGGUAGAGGUGAAGAAAGAGAUAAGCGCAUCGAUAGCAACCAAAACGUAUCACAAAUAGAAAAUCUGAUUGUGGAUUCUGUGGGCAGGGAUAUUGCAAGUCCUAUUAAUGACAUGUGCAAUCUGAAAUAUAUCCAUAAGAUGGUUGAAAACAUCAAUAAUAAGAAAGAUGACAUUAUUGGUAGAAUCGAUGCAAAGCGUAAUCACAAAAGAUUUGUUUUGCAAAAUUUUGAUUCCAAGACAAAAAGUUUAAUAUCUGAUUUGGAGAAACGUGGCGGCUCUAAAUAUGAUAAAAGCAAGUUGAUUCAAGCUAGAAGUGGAGAAAAGAGUCGUCUAGCUCAGCAUUUAAAUGAUGAAUUUGAAAAACUUCAACUCGAGUAUUCCGUUCAGUUACAAAAGUUAGAUGAAACUCUUCUGCAUUUAAAAAGAAAGGCUGAAGUGGGAAAUGCUACACACAUUCAAGUUAACGGUCGAAGUAUGGAUACCAAUUCAGUUUACAAUGCAGAUUCUCGUGGUGCACAAAGAGGUGAAACAGAUAUUGCAGGUCAAACCCCAAAAAGAAAUCACCUGGUCAAUAUAACUCCACAGACAAAUCAAAUGAUUUCCCAAAAUGGGAUUCUGCAACUGUCCCCAGAAUUAACAUCACAAAAUCAAGAUUAUUCAAAUAAGAUUCAUUUCGGUCCACCUAUGCAGACAUUGCAAGUUCCAUCCUCAAAACGUCAAAGGAUUACUGGUUUUCUAGGUAUUCAAGUAAACGAAGACGCGUUGAACGUCAGUAAUAGCAAUCAUGGUUUACAGACUAGUAUGACACCUAUCAACAAUAAAAUCAAGAGCAUAAGUUUAGAUACACUGAACCCAAACGAUUGUAAAGAUCAGUUGAGAGAUUUACAAACUCAGUUCAGUUUAAACGAAUACAAAAACAGUGGCACUAUGCAUGAUCCAAUUGUUUUAGAUUUGAGUGAUGAAGAGUAA